AUGGGCAAAAAGGUCAAAGCCGCGAUGGAGUCGGGCCCACUUGCGACCGAUGAGAUUGUGGUCGGUAUCAUUAAAGACGCUAUCAGGAGUUCGGAAUGCCGUCGUGGCUUAAUUCUUGAAGACUUUUCACGAACGAUCGUGCAGGCCAUAAAGGUGAGAACAAGAGGAGAUACACACGAGUCAACGCGUGCACUUGUUAGUGGCCGCAGUAACCAUGUCAAGUUUGCUCCUCCGAAUGUGGACGGUAAGGACGACAUUACGGGCGAGCCGUUGUAUCAGCGCAAGGACGACACUGAAGCCACGCUUGGUUCGCGUCUGAAGGAUUUUUACAAGCAGAUGCAGCCCGUGAUUGACUUUUACCGUGAGCAGGGCAAACUGGUGGAAGUUAAUCCUCACAAGGAAAUGCAUCAGGUGACGGAGCAGAUCCGUAAGAGCCUCGGCUUGGAUUAG